GUUAGGGUGUCCAACUAUGAAAAAAAAAACAAUGGCUAAUGAAGAAGUGAAGCUUUUUGGGAGAUGGGCAAGUCCUUUCAGUCACAGAAUUCAAACUGCCCUUAAACUUAAGGGUAUCCCAUAUGAAUACAUAGAAGAAGACUUAACAAAUAAGAGCCCUCAACUCCUUAAGUACAAUCCUAUUCACAAAAAGAUCCCAGUUUUGGUUCAUAAUGGUAAACCAAUAGUAGAGUCACUUAUUAUCCUUAAAUACAUUGAUGAAACAUGGGAAUUAUUCCCACUUUUGCCUAAUGAUCCUUGGGAAAAAGCUAAUGCCUUAUUCUGGGCAAUAUUUAUAGAUGAGAAACUGUUUCGAGCUCGAAAAAUGGCCUUAUGGGGUGAUGAAAAAGAGAGUAAAGAAGCCAUGGAAGAAACAUUUGAGUGCUUAAGAUGGCUUGAAAAUGAGCUUAAGGUUAAGAAAAGUAAGUUUUUUGGAGGUGAAUGUAUUGGGUUUGUUGAUAUAGUUGCUAAUGGGAUAGGAUUUUGGGUUGGGGUGCAAGAAGAAGUCACAAAUAAAAGGAUGUUGGUUCAAGAAAGAUUUCCUCUUUUGUGGGAUUGGGCUCAGGAUUUUGUUAGUUGUGAUGCUGUAAAGGAAUGUUUACCUCCUAGGGAAAAGUUACUUGCUUUGUACCAAGCUCGUGUUUAAGCGGACAUUGCUACACAUACCCACCGGGUAGACAACCCACUACUAAUAGAGGAUUAAAAAGGUAUUAAUUAUGUUGAGUUGGAUUUCAUUAUCACAAUCCUCAACAAGUCUUUAUUAAUGAUGGGUAGACAGUUUUUUCCUGUUUAAGCUACUUUGUUAUUGACGUCAAAUAUUAAAUAACAGUUAAUGAUUAAGUUAAGCCAAGAAUAAUCAAGAGUUCUGCAAAUGAAUGAAAAUUAUUGAAGCAAAGCAUGUAUGUUUGUUCAUAUACAAUAUGUGUUUGUAUGUGGACUUUUUCUUUCUCAAAUUGUUUACUCCCAAGUUUCUAUAUUGCUUGAUGUUUUACUGAAACAUCAAGGGAUACAGAUCAUUUACUUAGGAAAUGUAAUCUUAGGCUUCUUUUAAUCAAUUAGGGCAUCUUUAAUAGCAAAUAAUUAUAUCAUUUAAUUUGACAUGCCACUUCAAAUUUCCGAGCAACAACAUUCUCUAAGUUAUUGUAUAUUUUUCCAA